AUGACUGUUCAAGAAUAUGCUUCAAGAUUUCAGAACAUACUUGGACAGAUAGAUGAAAUGCAUGAAGCCAAUAAGGUCAUGUAUUUAAUGAAAGGGUUAAAGAGAGCGACAAAAGCAGAAGUAAAUUACCGUGCACCUGAAAAUUUGGAUGACGCUUAUCCUGGAAAAGAUUCAAGGACGUUGGUGCAAAAUAAUUGGAAAUAUAGUAAACCUGGCGGCAGUUACUCAUCACAAAGCAAAGGUCAAGCUCCUACCCUAAUGGAAUUAGAUAGAGUGGAGUCAGAAAAUCUCGUAAAAUUUAGACCUAUUAAGGAAAAAAAUAAAGGAAGUCAUGUGGCAAAAGAAUGCCAAAGUAAAGCCCAAACAUAUAAUGAAAUCAAUAAGAUUGAAAAUGCUGAGCCAAAAGUAGCUGAAACAACAAAUGUAGAGAAAAAUGAAGAACAUGAAAGGCCGAAUAGAGAAAGUCUUUUAAAGGUGGAGGGGGAGAUACAAGGGAAAAAAGCCCUUAUUUUGAUCGAUUCUGGAGUAUUCAAGGAUUUUAUAAACCUAAAUUUUGUAGAAAAAUCACAAUUAGAAAUGGAUGAGAAAGAAGUUGAUACUACAACAGUGGAAUUAGCAGAUGGAUCACUGUGCAAGUCACGAGGAAACAUGACAGAUGUUGCUGUUGAAUUUCAAGGGUAUAAGGAAAAAAGAAAGACUAUGGAAGUCAUACCCUUGCAGAAGUAUGACAUGAUUCUCGGUAAACCAUGGCUUUACGAUCGUAAUCCUCACAUUGACUGGAGAUAUAAUAAAAUGAAAAUAAAAAGAAGGCAAUGUACUUUCAUAAUUAAGGCUAGUGAACAAAAUGACACAAAAGCAU